AUGGCGGUUGAAUUGAACACGUGGCAAGGACCGCGAACGCACGCGCUACGCGUCCCGAUCACUGCCCCGCCUCUCUCGCCUUUCAAGUCGGGAAACAUUGACUAUACUCAUCUGCAGAAACGUCUAAUUUUUAUUCUUACAGGUGCGAUCAUGCUUUUAACUCCACAAUUAAAGAAGACUAUAAUCAUUUUAAAUGAAAUUCAAAAACCUCGUAUUUUUUUUUUGCUCGUACUUUUUCUUGACUCAACGGAAGAUUCGUAUCUCCGCUUUCCAGUGAACUAUUUUUCUAAGGGAAAUAGCACACUAAAGUCGAAUCGUCUCGACUUUUUUGCUUUCUUGUGAAUUCAGAACGUCUUUGCAUCUAGGAGAGACCGUUUCAACUCAUUUUGAUAUUUUUGUACGCCUGCGAUUCUGGAAGGCCAAUCUGUUAUUAAAUAUUAUCUCUUUCUACCAUCUUGAUUCAUUUUGAGAUUAGAUAUCAUAAUGUUCUUGUUCUUACAAAGUUGAGAAAUUCGAUGAUUGAGCGGUUUUCAAUAGUUCCAUUUUUUCAUUACUUGUCAUUAAAGUCUUCAAAGAUAUAAUUAGAAGUCGAAAGUUCUGUGAAUUUUAUGACGAAUAUUCGUAGGGAAAAUUCAUUCUUUGAAUUUAUCAACUUCUAAUUCGUUCAGCCCUUUCAGUACAAUUUUUCAAAUUGUCAAGCUUUAUAGCUUUUUUUUAUGAGUUCAGAACGAGAAACGCGGCCGAUGAGUGUUACCAAGACAGAGAGCGCCGUGCGACCAAGUCCAGUUCGCAGAUCAAAGUCGAAGAAUAAGUUGGCUUGUGCUGUUUGCGGAGACAGUGUACGAGUGCUAACCUAUCUCUAACUUUUUUGAACUGACGGAAAUUGAUUUUUUUGAGGAUAAAGCUGAGAAAAAAACAGCCCAAGAAUUACCUUGAUCAAUUUUUUUCGUUGCAGGCGCUCGGAAAGCACUACGGCGUAAAUGCAUGCAAUGGCUGUAAGGGGUUCUUCCGUAGGAGCAUCUGGAAAAAUCGCAACUACUCAUGUCGCUUUGGAAACAAUUGUCCAGUCGCUAAAGGUUUUUUGUUUGAAUGGUGUAUUUUUCUACAAACUUUUUAAUAAAUUCUUCAAGCUCUUCUAACACAGUAAUUGGUAAAAUGAAAGUCAUAAUGUCUAGUUUGAAAGUUUGAAACAUGUUAUUAGGAUUCUCACUUUGUUUUUCUUCAUGUAGUUUUUGGAAUGAGCUCUUUGGUAACUCACGGAUAUUUUUAAUUUUUAGAAUGUUAGUAGCCGUUUAAAAAUUAGUUCUUCUUCACUAGCUUCACGACUUUUUUCCCUCAUGGCUCUACGACUUUCGUCUGCAGAGCAAAGGAACACGUGCCGUUCUUGUCGUCUGCGGGCGUGUUUGCGGGUCGGUAUGAACCCCCGGGCGGUGCAAAGUGAAGUUGCCGAAGGCGAGGCGGUCGUCGUCGAGGCGUGUCCGCGGGAUCGAGAAGACGUCGAUCGCGUCCCCAAGAUUGAGAUCGCCGAUCAAGACCUCGAGAGCAACGUCCGUGACCAAAGGUCUGUCGGCUUUAGAAAGUCUCGAUCUGACUCAAAAACGACUGGUAUCUAGAAGAAAAAACUGGGAAUUCAAAUGAAUAAAGUAGUCAUUAUAUACGGGACUCGAAAAAAUAACGUUUUGAAUUUUAGUAAUCGGAAAACAGUCCAAGUCCAUAUAAUGGACGGCAUUUUACUUGAAAGAAUCUUUGCCUUCCCCAGCUUUUGAUUUCUACUCCUAGUCAGCAGCAAUGAUUCAAUUGUGCUCACCUAGUCCAAGGGAAUGACUCGAAAUUUUGAACUUUCGAGCCCUCAGAAAGUAUUAUAUCAAGCCGAUAUAUCGAUAAGACUUGGGCUGUUAAUCCAGUUUCCUCUAUACACAACUGCCAGCGAUCGUGAACGGCUCAUUCAAAAAGAAAAUCUCAAUUCAUAAAUAAUCCUUCGUAUCUUUUUCUGAAAAGAUUAUACACUGCAAAUAUACUUCUCGGUUGGACGCUAUGGUACUUUGGAGAAUUCUUGACAAUAAUUAUUUUUUUCGUGGAUCUAGUCUUUUUUUCAACUUCGGAAUCUUCCAAUAUUUUGAAUUUUAUUUAUAAAAAAAUUCAAUAAGUUAUUAACUCGUUGAUGUCCUAAAACUAUUUUUUAGAGCGUUUUCCUGCCAAACGGACGAGGUCGUUUUUCCGUCAACGUCUAGUAUACACGACAAUCCCACCGCUUCUCCCACUUCAUUCAAGGUUUUUUUUUUCUGUCGAUUCUUUACGACCUGAAAAGCAGGGUUUCUCACUUUCUAAUACCACUACACGUUAAAUAAGUAGAUCAGAAUCGGUCAAGUACCUCACCAAAAAAUUUUCUAAAAUUUUCUCUCGAGUUUAAACAGCUGAAGGCUUGAUGAUUCUUCUCCGAAAGCGCGUUUAUUCGUCAGGGAAAAAAAAUGCAAGAAUUUCUAUCUACUACUCUUUUUUUCCGAAGUUCCCCCUCAACUUUUUUUUUUCUCAGCCAUUGUUUUCUACUGCUCAAUAACCUUUCUAGCGAAAGAAACAGCUUUUGAUCGAAGAUUUUUUUCAGUUUUUCAAUUAGUUGCAGAAACGAGAGAAGAUUCUGUCCGAGAUCAAAAAAGUCUUCAACAGGGUGGACGGCAGUUCGACUCCGCCUAAGCCGAUUUCUUACCCUUUUCAGUUGGCUUUUUACAAUCCCCACUUGGUCUGCAACAGAACUAAGGUACUCCUACUUGAGUUGGAAGGUCGAAGCAAGUUUCAGAUCAAUCCGAGCGGCGAACGAGUCGCCACGAUGGCCGAGGUGGUCCAGGACUUUCGACGAGUUUUCGUUCUCUAUUCUGACUUGCUCUGCACUUUGCCCGAGUUCCUUGCUCUCAACAGCGAAGAUCGCGUAAGUCGCAAGACUUUCUUGAAUUUUCGAACCUGUAGCAUCUCUGGCUGCAUCUGUCUUGACGCGCAAAUGUUUAGAGAACCUCUCUGAAUUUAUCUGUCAGAAAAUUUCGUUUCCCAACUUUGUGUUUCAACUGAAGAGUCAGCUUCUUUUGAAAAAGUACUGGUAUUGGUUAAAUAUCAUACUGGAUGCGUUGAAAGAAUAGUUUCUUGGUGGAAAGCCUCGAGAUCGAAAUUUCUUCUUUAUUUCGGUAGAACAUAGUUCCGAAUUUCAGAUUUCGGUGGCAAAGAAUCGCUUUGCUCCCUUUUACUGGUGGCUGUCGUGCUGCUGGACGGCGAGAGCCGGCUGUGACGGCGUCUGCUACGCCAAUGGAGCAUACCACGCCUCCCAAAAGGAGUUGCAGUCGUUUCCCGACGUCAAGUAUUCCGUCUGAUAUGCGUCCUGACCAACAGAACGAGCCUAGGAACGUGACGGAGACGUCUGUGGAGACUGUGUCACUGCCACUCCGUGAGCUCGACCUCAGCGAGUCCGAAAUCCUCAUCGGAUGCGUCUACGUCAUCUUCUCAGAAUGUGAGUCCGAUGAUAAGUGUGCGGAAAAGACCCGCUUUGCAGUCCCCGUCUACCCGAAAGUCUCAAAGGCAGGCGAAAGUCUUCUCGACGCAGCUCGAGACUUUUACAUCGAGUUGAUGUGCAGCAGCUUUCUGUUGGCCGACGAGUGCGACAUCGCCGUCCGCAUGGGUCGUAUGUCUCUCUUGCUCUCCUCCAUCACUGUUAGUUUCGUUGAAAAAAGAAGGUCGCUACUUCUUUGUUCCGCAUUUGGGCUUUUCUAUCGAAUUCUGGAAAAUACCGUCAUGAGUUGCUUAUCUUGUUAUCUAUUUUCAUCGUCAGGAAAGAAGACCAUUAUAUAAAAGUUCCGGAUGUUGAACAAAUGAUAAAUCUACGUGUAAUAUUUCCCAAUUUUCAGAAUCUGAAGUACCUGACGUCAGACAACUUCGAGCUGGGCGAUGUUUUUCACAUGCUCGAUGUCGAUGAAUUCACAGCCGAAAUUUUCCAAGCCAAGAUAAAGCAAAAAGGUUCUUUUGACUCGGCCAAGCACAAUGACUAUCUUUGA